AUGGGCAGAAACGCAAAUGCGAUCAUUCAGAGAGCCUUCGUCGAGUUUCAAGAGGAUGAUAAUCCAACAAAGUGCAACAAGGUUCGCUGCACCUACUGCGGGUUCGUUCGCGCAAAGAACACGACCCGUCAGGUUGAGCAUCUCCAGGAGUGCCAACAAUACCUCAACUCGCCAGACUAUGUCGAGUCGCUGAACGACGUCGAGCCUCCACAGCCAGACGAGGGAGACACGAGCAUUAUGUCUGGGAUCACAAACUCACCACUCCAGGCCACUCCGACCUCUGCUCAAAGAAGCAACUUCCUGAUGGGACAGCGACCCAACCCAAACCUCCAGGUCAACCGUCGUGGACCCAACAAGCGUACACGCGACGGCCAGAUCAAGCAUGGCCAUCGUCCUAUGCCUCCUCCUAUCACUCCCGCGCCUCCCGCCCAGAGUCCCAGUCUUGCCGCCUAUCUCUUGACUCAGAAUGCUGCCCCCUUCACCUCGGCAACCCAGACGUCGUUUCUAUCUCACGCUGGCUGCGGCACUCUUAGUGCUGGCGCAAUGGGCCAAUGGCUGGCACAAGACUCUCACCUAUCGCGUGGAUACAUUGCCUUUGUCGGUCAGCUUAUUGGCAAGAUUCGUCUGCCCAUCGUCGCAAACUCUCAAUCACACCCUCACUACCGUGCCAUGGACUUGUUAAUCAGCGCCCUGAACAAUGUCAGAAGAGAGAUGAGCUUCUUUGAGAUUACGGCUACAAAGUACAACCUGCAGAUUGCAAAAGAAGAGCCAAACCCAAUCACCAGAAGCUUCCUGGAUCUGUUCGUAUCGGCAAGUUCGCCCGCUGCGAGCUUGCUAGAAGGUGCAGUCGUUCUCUGGGCUGUCGAGCACUGUUACCGCGCAUCAUGGUCCUAUGCUGCCAGCUUCUCGUCGAGCCUCAAUCAGCCCAUCCUGCCGUACUCGUCCAACGGUGACUCACACAACGCUGCUUUGCAUCAAUCUCUGAUCCCCAACUGGACAUCACCAGCUUUCGCAAAGUUUGUUGAUGCUUGCAAAGCUGUUGUCGAUGAGCUCGCCAAUGCUGAGACGUCACCUAAUGGUCGUGAGCAAAUGUCCCGCUGCCUCAGUGCCUUCAAUCAAGUGCUUUGGCUUUGGGAACGCACUUGGCCAUCGGUCGAUGGCAUGGGCGAGGAGAAUGAGAGUGCUAGCGCAGAACGCUUCAACAGCAAUGGCAUGAGGCCUCGCAGCUCGACCGGUGGUGGCCAGCCAGGCGGUGUCCCAGACCGUGAUUCUCAUGCUGCUGAUGAUGACGAUGUCGUGGAAAUCAGAAGAGAGAGCGCCGUCGGCGGCAGUCCUUAUGUCAGCCCAUACGGCACCGAGGGCCUGCGUGCAGUCGAGGCUGCCAAUAACGCUUGA